UGUAUUUUCCCUGGUUAGUUUGUGUAAUCGGAUGUGUAUUUUGUUACGGAAUGUUGCCUCUUGCCACACCUGUACUUGAUAUUGUUUCACCUCUGAACGAAACGAGGCCGAGAAAGUUGCCUCAUAAGGCAGAGUACUUUAUGAGUCAAGAGAAGCAUUACUACGUACUUUGGUUAAGUCAACACGUCAGUUAUAUUAUAUGUUGUAUUGUUUUAACAGCCAUCGAUACCACUUUCUUUUUACUCAUGGAACAUGUUUGCGGGAUGCACACUAUAUUAUGUUACCGUCUGAAGAAUUUAACCGUGUAUGAUACAUUGUCACAAAUGGAUAAUAUUUGCGUAAACAAAAAUUAUGAGAUCAAUGAACGUGCACGGCGAUGUAUUCAACUAGACAGAAGAAUAAGAGUGUUCGUACAGAUAAUGGAAUCUACGUUCAUGACGUGCUUUCUUUUCGAUAUUGGAUUAGGAUUCAUAUUACAUACUUGUGUAUGUAUAAUAAUUGUAGUUCGAACUGGACAGUUAGCUGAAACUGUACGAUUCUUGGCUAUUUUGAUUCCGCAGUUGUUUCGAAUCUUUUUUAGCAACUGGAUCGGACAAGAAGUAAUCGAUCACAGUUCUGAAAUCCCUCAAGCCGCUUACAGUGCAAUGUGGUAUGAUAUGCCUGUCAAAGUGCAAAAGAUGAUAAUGUUAUUAAUUGCGAGGAGUCAGAAACCUUCUAAAUUAACAGUCGCAAAGUUUUAUAUUAUCAAUUUGGAAAGUUUCAAUAUGGUAAUGAAGACAUCGAUGUCGUAUUGCACCGUAAUGAUUUCCUUAAGUGAAACGUCAGACAGUAGCUAGUUUAUUCAAUUCUGAUAAUAUUUUUCAAUCAUACGUAUUUGUAGUGUUUAAUAUAUUCCUGAUAAUAUUUUCCAAGAA